AUUCGGGAUUGCUGAAUGGCCCAAUGGGGAGGUUGGGGAGCCCUGGUCUCCCAGUGUGGAUUCUGCUCUGCCCUCAUGGUGGGCAUUGGGAUUGGCUGUUUGUCUACAUCUUGUCUUUUUAACUUGGCUGGGGGCUCCCUGCGGAUUUGGACUCUGGACUUCAAGGGGCCAAACCAGUGCUCCUGCCACCUCUCUGGCUGCCCCCUAGAGCCUGCCCAUCCCAGCCUGACCAAUGUCCACAGCCAGGGAGCAGCCAAUCUUCAGCACACGGGCGCACGUGUUCCAAAUUGACCCAGCCACCAAGCGAAACUGGAUCCCGGCGGGCAAGCACGCACUCACUGUCUCCUAUUUCUACGAUGCCACCCGCAAUGUGUACCGCAUCAUCAGCAUCGGAGGUGCCAAGGCCAUCAUCAACAGCACUGUCACUCCCAACAUGACCUUCACCAAAACUUCCCAGAAGUUCGGGCAGUGGGCCGACAGUCGCGCCAACACAGUCUACGGCCUGGGCUUUGCCUCUGAACAGCAUCUGACACAGUUUGCCGAGAAGUUCCAGGAAGUGAAGGAAGCAGCCAGGCUGGCCAGGGAGAAAUCUCAGGAUGGCGGGGAGCUCACCAGUCCAGCCCUGGGGCUCGCCUCCCACCAGGUGCCCCCGAGCCCUCUCGUCAGUGCCAAUGGCCCCGGCGAGGAAAAACUGUUCCGCAGCCAGAGCGCUGAUGCCCCCGGCCCCACAGAGCGCGAGCGGCUAAAGAAGAUGUUGUCUGAGGGCUCCGUGGGCGAGGUACAGUGGGAGGCCGAGUUUUUCGCACUGCAGGACAGCAACAACAAGCUGGCAGGCGCCCUGCGAGAGGCCAACGCCGCCGCAGCCCAGUGGAGGCAGCAGCUGGAGGCUCAGCGUGCAGAGGCCGAGCGGCUGCGGCAGCGGGUGGCUGAGCUGGAGGCUCAGGCAGCUUCAGAGGUGACCCCCACCAGCGAGAAGGAGGGGCUGGGCCAGGGCCAGUCGCUGGAACAGCUGGAAGCUCUGGUGCAAACCAAGGACCAGGAGAUUCAGACCCUGAAGAGUCAGACUGGGGGGCCCCGUGAGGCCCCGGAGGCUGCCGAGCGUGAGGAGACUCAGCAGAAGGUGCAGGACCUGGAGACCCGCAAUGCGGAGUUGGAGCACCAGCUGCGGGCGAUGGAGCGCAGCCUGGAGGAGGCACGGGCGGAGCGGGAGCGGGCGCGGGCUGAGGUGGGCCGGGCAGCGCAGCUGCUGGACGUCAGGCUGUUUGAGCUGAGUGAGCUGCGUGAGGGUCUGGCCCGCCUGGCUGAGGCUGCGCCCUGAGCCGGGGCUGGUUUUCUAUGAACGAUUCCGGCCUGGGAUGCGGGCCAGGCUGCAGGCGGCAUAGUUGGACCCAUUCGUCCUGGAAAGGGACUGGGGGGUCCCAACUUAGUCCUGGGUGGGCCAGGCCGGGCUGGGCUGGGGUGGGCCCCAGUCGGCUCUGGUUGUUGGCAGCUUUGGGGCUGUUUUUGAGCUUCUCAUUGUGUAGAAUUUCUAGAUCCCCCGAUUACAUUUCUAAGCGUG